GUUCCUGCUCGAGGUGAACUCUGCUUACGGUUCUGUCAAACUGACCUGAUAGCUCUCAGAUUCUAAGGCAAUUCACGUUAUCCCUUAACGAGCUUGCAUCGAUCAUGUCAACGAGCACAGCUUUCCAGACAUUUUCUCUUGCCAACGACAUCUUCGACGUUUCGACCCAAGACGAGAUAUACGCCUUCGAUGUUGCAGCCGACAAACAACUCAAUCGUGAGUCACCUUGGAGCAAAGACCCCCACUACUUCAAGUCAUGCAAGAUAUCAGCUGUGGCUUUGAUAAAGAUGGUUAUACACGCACGAUCAGGGGUUCCGCAUGAGAUAAUGGGCUUGAUGCAGGGAAAAGUUAUGGGGAACUCCUUAGUUAUUAUGGACUCUUUCGCCCUGCCGGUACAAGGAACCGAGACACGAGUCAACGCAGCGAACGAGGCUAACGAAUACAUGGUCACAUACAUAGAACAAAGUAAAUCGGUGCGCAGACUGGAGAACGCGAUUGGGUGGUACCACUCCCAUCCGGGGUAUGGAUGUUGGUUGUCAGGCAUAGACGUAGACACCCAAAUGAAUAACCAACAAUUUACCGAUCCAUUUGUGGCUGUGGUUAUUGAUCCAAAUCGAACCAUCUCGGCUGGUAAGGUGGAUAUCGGUGCCUUCCGCACAUAUCCAAAGAACUACACACCACCCAACGUAUCAUCUUCUGAGUACCAAUCCAUCCCUCUUAAUAAAAUCGAAGAUUUCGGUGUACACGCCAAUCAAUACUACUCGUUAGAUGUAGAGAUCUUCAAAUCAAGCUUGGACACAGAACUUCUCGGACUACUGUGGAAUAAGUAUUGGAUCAAUACUUUGAGCCAGAGCCCACUUAUAUCGAACCGAGCCUAUGCUGUCUCGCAGCUUUCCGAUCUUGCCCAAAAACUAGCCAAAGCACAAGCCGUGGUAGGAAGCACGCGACCAGUGAUGCCUUCUUUGAAAGAGAAAGAUGAUAAAUCUCCGUCUGCUCCCAAGAAGGACGAAAAGAAAAAAGAGGACAAUCAGCUCGCCAAAAGUGUCAAAGAUAGCACGAAGAUCGCCAUCGAAGCUCAACAUGGGCUCAUCGCUCAAGUGUUGAAAGAUGUCAUUUUCUCGGUACGCCCUGGUCAGGAGCACAAAGGGCUGCAACAGGUAUCGGAAGUAGUUGAUACGAGCAUGUCCAUAGGGUGAUGACCGUCUGUCUCAUAGAGCUAAUACUUUACCCAUCGGCCCUUCGCAUUCAAGUUGAUUGCGAGCAUCCGUUGUACUUUAUCGCGCCUGUAUUUCUGUUGCAUGUAUGAAUAUAUGUAGUUAGACCAGGAUCCAGGAU